UCGAAUAAAAUUUUGUGUUUUAUUUAGUACACAGGCGAUCCGAAUCACUUAAGUCUACUUUGUUGUUCUUCCUGGGGAUCUGCCAACCUGCCACCACAAAUCCCCUCUCCCCUAAUCGCCGAUCGUCCCCAACUACUCCGGCUAUUUCUCCGAUAAGAGAUUGUAAGAAUGGCUUCAUUCCGAGCAUUCUUGAACAGUCCAGUUGGUCCAAAAACAACUCACUUUUGGGGACCUGUUGCGAACUGGGGAUUCGUUGCUGCUGGAUUGGCAGAUAUGAACAAACCUCCAGAAAUGAUUUCUGGCAACAUGACAGCAGCAAUGUGCGUUUAUUCAGCAUUGUUUAUGAGAUUUGCAUGGAUGGUACAACCUCGAAACUAUCUACUUUUGGCGUGCCAUGUCUCAAAUGAGACUGUCCAACUCUAUCAGCUCUCUCGCUGGGCGAGGGGUCAGGGGUACUUGGCCCCGAAGAAAGAUGAAGCUGCAUCCGAGUGAUUUGCUGCUGCUGCUUUCAUUCCCUUGCUCGUUCAUUGUUUUUGUUGCGAUUUUUACUGAAAACACUGUUGAUCGCGUGUGAGACGCAUGAUGCAUCUAUUGUUUAUUUAAGUCAAGGCCUUUUUUUGGGUUCAUAAAUGGUUGUUUUUAGUCAAUUGUGUACAAGAUUUCUCAAACUUAAACCUGUCACUACUCGUUUCGGCGGUGACAUUUGAAAGUAAUAAGGAAUUUUACCA